AUGUCUAACGAAGAAGAUCUCAUCGAUUACUCCGACGAGGAGCUGCAGACCACCACAGCUCCCGCCACCACCGCCGCUCCUGCUGCCACCAAUGGCGACGCCGACAAGGAGGGCGACUUGACUGUCACCGGCGGCCGCCCCGACAAGAAGGGCAGCUACGUCGGUAUCCACUCGACCGGUUUCCGCGAUUUCCUGCUGAAGGGCGAACUUUUGCGCGCCAUCACAGACUGCGGCUUCGAACAUCCAUCGGAGGUUCAGCAAGUUUGCAUCCCAACUGCCAUUCUGAACGUCGAUGUUCUUUGCCAGGCCAAGUCCGGUCUCGGUAAGACUGCGGUCUUCGUUCUUACCACUCUCCACCAACUGGAGCCCGUUGCUGGCGAGUGCCAGAUUCUGGUCAUGUGCCACACCCGUGAGCUUGCCUACCAGAUCAAGAACGAAUACGCCCGUUUCUCCAAGUACCUUCCCGACGUCAAGACCGCAGUCUUCUACGAUAUGCGCCGUGAUGUCCAAGAAAUCUUCCGUGCCACCCCCGCCGAUAAGCAGGUGAUGAUGUUCAGUGCCACUCUCUCCCAGGAGAUCCGCCCCAUCUGCAAGAAAUUCAUGCGUAACCCGCUGGAGGUCUACGUCGAUGAUGAUACUAAGCUCACCCUCCACGGUUUGCAACAGUACUACAUCAAGCUGGACGAGAAGGAGAAGAACCGCAAGCUGAACGAGCUUCUGGACAACCUCGAGUUCAACCAGGUUAUCAUUUUCGUCAAGAGCACUCAGCGUGCCAAUGAACUGGACAAGCUGCUGCGCGAGUGCAACUUCCCCAGUAUUGCGGUCCACUCCGGUGUUAGCCAGGAGGAGCGCGAGUACCCCGAGGCCGGUGUCGACUCCACCACCUACAUGGCUUAA